AUGUCCGAUGGUACUUUCCGUGCAGCCACUCUAGUAAAACAGGCGUCAGCCCAGGACAAGAGGCACGCAGUCAUACACACAUCCUGGAAACUGGAGUUGAUCGAGAGGCAGAAGAAGUUCAUGCAGCUGGUCUGUGAACGAGGACUCCCCGCUUUGCAAGACGAUCAACAAUAUCUCAAAGCAAUUUUUGCCAAAGAAUUGGACGAUCUUGAUGUCGCCAAUGAACAGUAUAGACAGUUUACGGCUCAUUCCAGGAAGCGGGUUACUCCAUUCGCGAAUAGCAGCGAUACGGAACACUCCCCUGAUGAAUUCAUGGCAGAUGAUGACUCCCACUCCUCAUCAGGCUCCCACAGUGAUGGUGGUUUGGAUGACCUCAUUUACGGGGUGAAUGAAUAA